AUGUCUUUAUCCUACACACAACAACAUCAAAGAGAUUCAGUAAUUAUUCCCCCAGAUGAAGCAGUGCCGCGAUUCAGCGUCAAUUCAAACCUCAUGAACUAUUCAAUACCCAGGAAUGACGAAACCACCAUAUCACCCAUAGUAGAAUCCAACAAAAACAGACGAGAAAUACAACGAGGAGACUCUGAUACACGAACAAGGCAAUUAGAAGCACAAAUUGAGCAAUUAACCUUACAAAAUGUCAAGCUACAACGAACAAAUCGACUGCUAAAGGUGGACACAGACAACUUGAUAGAGCAAAAGACGAGUCCACUAGAAAAGACAAUACAAGAACUCACAGUGGCCAAUGUGAGGUUACAACGAGCCUCUCGCCUAUUACAACUAGAGUUGAAUGAAAAGUCUGAACAGCUCAACAAGUUUCAACAAAAUCAGAUUCUCCAAAUGAAAUCAGUCGGCCCUGAAUACGAGUUUCUAGUCCAAAACAUAAAUUUACUGCAGAGACAGAUUGCAGGGCAUCCCACAUGCGACGAUACCUGCUGCUUCACAAUGCAGCCAAUUGAUCAAUCCACCAUGGUCAUGACGCUACCUUGCAGUGACCAUGAUUCCGACUCUGAAGAUGAGGAAGAAGAAGUCGAAGCACAGCAUAUUUGUAGACCUGUGAUCCAUUCCACCAUCUCGCAAGGCUCAUACGCGAUUGAGCUUGAGAACAAGAUUGCACGCUUGGAACAGUUCAUCCAAGAACUGGACGAAGAGAAGGAGCAAAUUUUGCGUCAACAUAGCUACAAGGACAACGAUGUAGAGACUCUCAAAAAGGAACUAAGAAUCAAAGAUGAAAUUGUUUCUCAAUUGGAGCAGGAUUUCAUGGGUUUAGAAGAUCAAAUUGAGCAUCUUCAAAAGGAAUUACAAGAUCAAGUUAUGUUUAAUAGUGGUGGUAGCAGUAACACCAGCAGCCAUAGCAACAUUCGAAGCUUACUCACACCACCACCCAUUCAAAGCGAUCCCAAGCGACAAUCUCAAAUGCUCAUGGAAUCAAAGCGCAGAUCACUGGCUAUCAAAGACACAGACUUACUGGAGCAAAUGUUACGAGGAGAUUUGGAGGGGUUCAACCAACAGCACCAUCAUCCGCAUCAAACACAAGACGUGUACCAACCAUCUGAAGACGAGGAGGAUGCUCGACAAGACACGCUGGAUCUAGAAAAUGACGAAGAAGAGGAGGGAGACGACAAUCACUCCAUCACAUCGUCAUCUAUCGCAGCAGCAGACACCAAGCGUAGUUCAACCAUCAUGUUGAUCGAAGAGCAAGACGAGCUGAAUAAAAAAGGUAUUAACGACAAGACACUCUCAUGCUUAACAUGCGAUGGCUUUCCCUGUACCUUUCCUUGCGAUCACUCACUCAAUAACAACAACAGUAAAACGAAUGACCCAUUUGCGUUAUUUACGGGUGUUGCCAUAGCACUGGGCAUUGCCUCCCAGUUGGGCAUCACAGAUGAUUGGACUGUUCCCAUUACAUUAGCUACAUUGGUCUCGAGUUUUCUUUGGAACGGAUCAAAGAAUAAACCCAAAGCCUUAUAA